AUGUCUGUCUCUUCGACGGCCACGGCCACGACCCUCUGCAGCACCCUCUCCGACUUUCAGCCCCACAGACCCCCUCGUUCAGGGCUCCGAAUCACGAUGCCUACCGAGAACUCGACCACUUUAUCACCUGAUUCGUUAGAAACGCCAUCGUGCGAACACUCGCAUCGGUCUCUGGCACACGGCUCUACGGACGGCCUGCUGCGCACGAGCGAGAGCUCUGACGAAUCGUUCAAUGAAACAGCGGAGUCGCCACCGCCGCGGACGCCGGCGACGCCACAAGAGUCGCAAACUGGAACACUCCCAGCGACAGCGACUGUCGCACCUCCAGUCAAUGGCCCGACGAGACCUACCGCGGCCCAUCUGAGGGCCAAACGCAAGCCAGUUCCGUCGGUUAUUGACCUCUUGGGGUACGAUCCGGGUCCCAUGCCGCCUCCCCCUAUGACACCUGCGACUCCGGGCACCCCUGGAACACCGUUCAUCGCUGGACACAAUGGUGGAAACCGGUUCACGAUCGGUCCCUUGGCCGGUAUUGACCUGCCCGAUCUCGACGGAGACCAGAGGAGUAGUGGGCAUAGCAGCAAGUACUCCGGCAUCACUCUGCAGAGCGGGAACCCCAGUGUGCUGUCUCUGCCGAUGCGGGUGCUCGAAGUCGAUCGACCGUCCCUGGAGAGCACCCGGAGAACGCCAGUGCGACGGAGCACCUUUGACUGCUACUCGACCUACACUUGCAACUACAACAAUAGCAAGCCCGACUUAUCACUGGCGAGAAGCGCGACAGAAGGCAACGGCGAGAGCAUUGUCCCACCACCCAGGCGUCAGAGCCUUUACAAGAGCCGAAGUGGCAAGAAACUCUCGGCCGCGACGGAGCUGGAGGAACUGCGACGGAUGACCCACUACGCAUCGAUGGACUUUGACACGAUCAAGAGGCAGAACCGCGCCAAUCAGUCGAGUUUCCUCGUUGGCGACAAUGACUCGGACCAGGGCAGCAUCAACUCGAGCCCCGACGGACUGGUUACCAAGCGUUUAAAGAAGCUCAGCCUGAAAAAGAAGAACACCACGAAUUACACGAAAGCGUCCGCCAAGCUUUCGAACACGAUCGAGGAGAAGCAGCGGGAGCAGCCCAAGGGUUGGUUGGAAUGGGUCUGCGAUGUGGUCCCCUGCUUGCACCGCGAAAAAGUGAGCUUAUGGGGAAGCCGACACAGCUGA